AUGUUUUUAAAUUUCUUACAAUUAAAAACUGAAAACUUAAAAAGUGAAUUGGUAAUGACAAUAACUGAAUGGGUAAUCUUACUUUUUUCUGUUUCAUGUUUAAGUGAAAAUAUAGUUUGUUCAAGUCUAAUGCAAAUACAAAACAAAAAAGCAAAAAUAAUUUUUCGUAAUGGUUGUAAUAUUCAGACAAUUAAUAAUUCAAGUAUAGAGUUUAUAGGAAAUGGAAUAAUUAACAAAGUUAUUCAUUCAACAAUAGUUUCUCAUAAUUAUUUUAUUUCUAUAUUUGAAAGUGAGUUUUCUUCUAUAGAGAUUAUUAAUGGUAUUGUUCUUAUUGGGUCUAAUGAAAAUAAGUCAAACAAUAUUUCAUUUACUGAAAUUACUUUAAUUAACUCUUCUCUUUUAUUCUCUAAUACUACUACUGACUCUAUUAUUAAUGUAGAUACUUUAAAUAUUCAUGGUAAUGUUAGUUUAAAAGAAAUAAUUAUAGGAGAUAGUUAUGAUAUAGAGAUUCAUAACUUAUGUAUUGUUGGAAUACCAAUUGUUGUUUUUAAAUCAUAUUCUGUACUAUUAAAAUGGUUUAAUACGACUUCAAUUUGUGGUUUUUAUAGAGUCUUACAAAAUAAAAACCAAAUUGUUUAUUCUCAAGAAGGCUCAUAUUUUGAAACUCAAAGUCAGAUUCAAUGUAUCUCAAGAUGUUCUAGAAAUAAGAUUUGGUUUGGUAAAUUGAUAGAAAUAGAAAGAAAUUUAUGUAACUUAAAUAACCAAGUUAGUAUAGUUGAGUUAAAUUGUAAUAUACUUUAUAACAGCUCUAUGUUACAAAAUAUUGUUUUUAAUUCAAGUUUAAUUAUUAGAAAAGGUUUAUUACACCAAAUUCAUGAUAUUCAUAUUCAACAACUUAUAUUACAAUCACCAGAUAUAUCAUAUAUAGAAUUCUUUAAUGAUACUAUUAGUACUGUUAUUAUUGAUAAUCCAGAAAUAAUCAUUUCUCUUUAUUAUACAAACAUUACUGUAUUUCAAACAUUUAAUUCUUAUAUUAAUUUUUUUGAUAAUUCAUCAUUAAUUCAAAGACUUGAAUUGUAUAAUUCCGUAUUAAUAAAUAAAAAUUUAACAUCGUUUAUAAAUGAUGUUGUUAUCUUUAUUAGAAAUUCUUCAUUUAGUAUAGAUGGAAUUGUUGUUGACAUAAUGAGAAUAAAAUCUCUUUCUAACGCUUCAUUGUUUAAUGUUUCGAAUAUUUACACAAAGUCAUUAACAAUUAAUUCUCUUUCAAUAGACUAUCUUGUUAACAUUACUUCAAAUCUUGUCACAUUAAUAGAUUCAAAAAUUAAAACUAAAAUAAAGAAUGUACAUGCACAAACAAUUAAUAUAAUUCAUUCAUCUAUAUUUUACUUUAGAAAAAAUACAAUAUAA